ACCACCACCGUCUCCAUCACUUGUACGCUGAUGAUGGAUUCAUGCCUAAAACGUCAUUCUGAUUCUGGGUUGCCGAUUUUUAACCAAUAAGCAGAGUAGAAGAUUUCCAAGAAAUAAGAUUCGGUUUUGAGCUUCAUCCCAUACCUUAGUUCUUCAAUACUAGUAGCUAGAGUAGGGGCGACUUCCAUUUUUCAAGUGAAAAAGAUGAGUUCAAUUGUUUACAACUCAAUGAAUCCUUCGACUGCAAUUCUAUCAAGAAGCCAACAGUUUCCACUUUUGGUAGCAAAAGAUUCUUCCUUUGAAUUCUUUCAAUUCCUGCACCAGCACAGGUGUAAUUAUUUCAGAAACCAAGACGAGAAUAGGCGUUUUAACAAGAUAAAAAGAGUAAAGGCCGGGUUGCGUGAAGCUCAGAAGAGGAGGGUGUCAACUAAAGAAAGUGUUGUUGCAAAAGUCGAUGAUGAGAAUUACUCAUCAAAGGCAACCCAGAAAAAGAACUUGAGGAUUCUUGUGGCGGGGGCCGGGAUUGGAGGGCUGGUUUUUGCACUGGCUGCAAAGAAGAAGGGGUUUGAGGUGGUAGUGUUUGAGAAGGACAUGAGUGCUAUAAGAGGGGAAGGACAGUAUAGAGGUCCAAUUCAAAUACAAAGCAAUGCUUUGGCUGCUUUGGAGGCUAUUGACAUGGAUGUUGCUGAGGAAAUUUUGAAUGCUGGCUGCAUAACUGGGGAUAGGAUUAAUGGAUUGGUUGACGGUAUUUCUGGCAAAUGGUACAUCAAGUUUGAUACAUUCACUCCUGCGGCGGAACGGGGGCUUCCAGUGACAAGAGUUAUUAGCCGUAUGACUUUGCAACAAAUACUUGUUCAUGCAGUAGGAGAGGAUGUAAUUAUGAAUGAGAGCAAUGUGGUUAACUUUGAGGAUGACGGUAAUAAGGUCACUGUGAUUCUUGAGAAUGGACAGCAAUAUGUAGGUGAUCUUCUAGUUGGUGCUGAUGGGAUAUGGUCAAAGGUCCGGAGAAAUUUGUUUGGUCACACAGAACCUAUAUAUUCAGACUAUACUUGUUACACUGGUAUUGCAGAUUUUGUUCCUGUUGAUAUUGACACAGUUGGGUACCGAGUUUUUCUUGGUCACAAGCAAUAUUUUGUUUCUUCAGAUGUUGGUGGUGGAAAGAUGCAGUGGUAUGCAUUUCAUAAGGAGCGACCCGGAGGUGUUGAUAGUCCAAAUGGUAAGAAGGAAAGGUUGCUUAAAAUCUUUGAUGGUUGGUGUGAUAAAGUGAUGGAACUAUUGCUGGCCACAGACGAAGAUGCAAUUCUUCGUCGUGAUAUUUAUGACAGAACACCAUCAUUUAGCUGGGGAAGGGGUCGUGUGACUUUACUUGGGGACUCAAUUCAUGCAAUGCAACCUAAUUUGGGACAAGGAGGGUGCAUGGCAAUUGAGGACAGCUAUCAAUUGGCUUUGGAGCUUGAUAAAGCUUGGGAACAAAGCAUAAAAUCAGGGAGCCCAAUGGAUGUUGUCUCUGCUUUAAAGAGCUAUGAGAGUGCUAGAAAACUACGAGUUGCUAUCAUUCAUGGAUUGGCAAGAUUGGCUGCAAUCAUGGCAUCAACUUAUAAGCCGUAUUUGGGUGUAGGAUUAGGGCCACUAUCGUUCUUAACAAAAUUUAGGAUACCGCAUCCAGGAAGAGUUGGUGGGAGAAUAUUUAUCGACAUUGGAAUGCCAUUAAUGCUAAGUUGGGUCCUAGGUGGCAAUGGCUCAAAACUUGAAGGCAGACCAUUGCAUUGCAGACUUACUGAUAAAGCAAGUGAUCAGCUACCAAAAUGGUUUCAAGAUGAUGAUUCUUUGGAGCGUGCUCUGAACGGAGAGUGGUUCCUGUUUCCCACUGGACAAGCCAAUCCUGAUCCAGUAGCUAUUUUCUUAGGCAGAGAUGAGAAGAAUAUCUGCACAAUAGGGAGUGCAUCACACCCUGAUAUUCCUGGAGCAUCCAUAAUUAUUAACUCACCCCAGGUCUCCAAGCUGCAUGCUCAAAUAAGCUACAAAGAUGGAUUGUUUUUCUUGACCGAUUUACAAAGUGAGCAUGGCACCUGGAUUACAAACAACGAUGGUAGGCGCUACCGGCUGCCUCCUAACUCACCAGCUCGUUUUCAUCCGUCAGACAUCAUCGAGUUUGGUUCUGACAAGGCUGCAUUCCGGGUAAAGGUCAUGAACCAGCCACCGUUCUCGGGAAAGCAGCGAGAGACUAAAGUUCUUUCAGCUGUAUGAGCCAAUGGUCACGUUCUAAAAUUUUCUAAAAUCUUGGACGCGGAUAUUGUACAGCAUUUUUUUGCAUGGCAGCGAAGCCGUGUGAAGCUGCUGCAUUUUGUAUUGUGAAGAAAAAAGGAAUAGUUCGGUACAUAUGAUCAUAUUAGGAAUAUUCUUACAUAGACUAAUGAUAUUAGACUCAUGGCUAGCGAUUUAAUCACCGAGAUGCAAUACAGGAAGUUGGAAGUUGGAAUACAGGAAGUGUUAUCGCUUCUUAUGCAGAAUUCUACUUUUAAAAGCUUGUAAAUUCAACAGGAAACUACAGCAUCGCUGAUAUUGUCUCUUGUAUGCCUUUCUGUGUUUCAUUCUACCGCUCCAGACUCUCUGGUGAGGCAAGGUAAAUGCAGCUCAGAGAUUGGGAA